AUGGAUUCCUCCAUACUAUGGCCUGGACCUUUCAGAACAAAAGCGUCUUCCAUUUCUCGCGCCGUUCCUGCGCCAUUCUGGCAGAACAUAACAGCUAUAGUUGUUCAGUUCGAUCUUAGGGCACCUUCGGGCGAAUGGUACUUCCGCGCACCCGAUGGAAUCGAUGUCCACGAUUGCCCAUUCUUCGACCCAAGCCAGCCUGGAGCCGAAUUUGACACUCCUAUCGACAGAGAUGUUCUCGAAGCCGAGAUGCCUCCCGGAUACAACCCAUCCGAGCCCCCGGAGUCGAUGACACUGGAUCGUUUCGAAUGGCAUCUCAAUUCCUUGAACUCAGGCUGGGCACCGACCUGGAUAUUCCGCCUUGUUCCCGAGGACCGUCUUCUCCUUCCGCCCAUUGAAGCCUGGGCUCGUGCGCUCAGUCAGAUGCCACAAGUGAGGAGAGCAAAGCUCAAAACAACGCUGUCACUCCCAGUCGUCAAUAGGCAGUGA